AAACGUCAACGGCGUCAUAUAUUAAAAAAACGGAGGGAAUAAUACUUGAGAUUUUACAGUGUGUGUCAUAACCACAAACCAUAUUAGUUUGCAUGUCUAGCAUAUUAUUACAGUGCAAAGUACAUUCAGCUCAUUAAUUGGCACCUAGGAGCUGAGGGUUUCCCAUAACAAUACUCCCCUAUAUGUUGAUUAUGAAGUUCGAUGAGCGAGCUGACCUCUAAGAGCAAGUUUUAUAAUUGAGGUGGCUAACACCUCUAAUUCCAUACAUAUCAUCUCCGUAUAACUUAAAAGGUAACUUAUAUAAUAGGUAACCUAUAACACACAAACCUCAAUAACUCUAAAAGAAAAUCUAAGAAGUGCUAUAGACAAGCGUCUCAAUCUAAGAAAUGUCAUUGAUAAAUCUAACUUCCUAGAAAUACCAUCAUAUGAGUGCCUUUGUCCCAAAAAUGUCAUCGCCAUUAGAUUUUCAUUAGCAGCCCUUCAUGAAAUGCUAUAAAAAGAUUAUUUUACCAUACGAAUUGUUGAAAGCCGAUGAAAACUUCCGCCUUUUCCGUCAGUUUACACUAAUUUGUAGGCUGCUCUUUACACUAAAUUAUUGUAAGUUAACGAAUGGGAGAAUAGCUACUUUAGUCCCUAAAGUUUCUCUGUAGGAUCAGUUUAGUCCCUAACCUUUUAAAUGGUCCAAAGAAAUCCUUAACCUUUGUCAUAAGGCCUAUAAUAGUCCUUGGGUCCACCAAAAUCAUCAUAUGGAUAUGCCAUGUCAUCAUUCAUGCAAAUCUAUAAUGAAUUGUCCAAUAUACCCUUACGUAUAUCAUAGAAAAAUAAAUAUAAGGGUGAAUUAGACAUAACCAUAGGAAAAAAAUACCUCUUUUUUCACCCUUUUGAGGUAUAUUUUUGCUCUUACAUGUACCAUAUAUAUUUUUUUAACUUUUUUCUUUUGUUUUUUAUUUACCUAUGCAUAGGAAGGUGACAUGGCAUGUCCAUGUGGCGAUUUUGGUGGGACCAAGGACUAUAUUAGCCCACAUAACAAAUUUAAAGGACUUGUUUAGACAAUAUGAAAGAUUAAGGACUAAAAUGAUCCAGGAGCGAAACUUUAGGGACUAUAUUAGCUAUUCUCUCUUAACGAAAAGAGCAAAAGUUUUAAUCGUAGGGGUAAAAUGGUCUUUUUAAACCACUUAGCGGAUGGCUGCUAAUGCUACCUAAAGGCGAUAGCAUUUCUUGGACAAAAACACUUAUAGAUGGCAUUUCUAGGAAGUUGGAUUGGUCGAUGGUAUUUAUUGGAUUGGGGCACUUGUUGAUGGUAUUUCUUAGAUUUUCUCAAACUCUAAUACUCCCAUAUUUGUAUAGUUUGUAUAGGGGUUGCCCCUUAUAUGAGGGAUGGUUCCUUCCCUCUCUCCUUUCUCCCCACCUCAUCAAAUAAGUCUACAAGACAUCUUAGGAGAUUUAUAGUACUUGCUCUAAGGUAUUGGCUCUUACUACUUGGGUUCGAGAUUUUCUAGAGGAUGAUGAGUUGUUCCAUUUCCUGUAGUAUCCCUGUUUGGGGAUGUCAGUCAUUUAGAACCGAACAGAGACCCUUGGAUCGAUGCCUAUAUUUGCUCUAGUUGCUUACUACUCCCUCCGUUUCACAAUGUAAGUCAUUCUAGCAUUUUUCACAUUCAUAUUGAUGCUAAUGAAUCUAGACAUAUAUAUCUAUCUAGAUUCAUUAGCAUUAAUAUGAAUGUGGGAAAUACUAAAACGACUUACAUUGUGAAACGGAGGAAGUAGAAAUCUAGAAUAAGGAAAGGGUCUUGCAGAAGGAGAGAUAAGACAGAGGGAUGAAAACCAAAUAUAAAUUGAGUAGCAAUUUCACAACUCAUCAUCAUAAUACCAGAUAAUGUAACGAUUGUCACCCAUUUCACUGCAGGAUUUUGAAGAAAAUUUGCAUAUCUGAAUUGCACGGCUUUUAGAGGACUAGAGUUACAUUAUUUCACAUGCAGUGGCAUAAAUCAUUGGUUUUUUCUCAAAUCUUAUUGAUCUAGAAGAGAGAGCGUGCGUUCACUUCAGGAAGUAACCAUUGAAAUCCCUCAGGCACUUCGUUUGCUAGCCAUGAAGUUUAUUGAACCCGGGAAAUUUCUCUUGGUGUUCUUGGUUUGCAGUGCACAUGUUGUCAUCUGCUCCUCUAAUGGAAAUGAAACAGAUCGGUUAUCACUGCUUGAAUUCAAGAAUGCUAUCACUCUUGAUCCACAGCAAGCCCUGAUGUCCUGGAAUGACAGCAACCAUGUCUGCAGUUGGGAAGGUGUCAAGUGCAGGGUGAAGGCUCCACAUCGUGUCAUUUAUCUCAACCUUAGUGGUCAAGGCUUAGUAGGGACAAUAUCUCCUUCUCUUGGAAACCUAACAUUCCUAAGAUAUAUAAGUCUCCAAGAAAAUUUACUAGCUGGACAAAUCCCCCUGUCACUUGGUCAUAUGCAUCACCUCAAAGUUCUCUACUUGAGUAAUAAUACACUCCAAGGAGAGAUACCUGACUUUGCAAAUUGUUCUAAUCUCUGGGCGUUAUUGCUGAAUGGAAAUCACCUAGUGGGGAAAGUACCUACAGAUGCCCGUUUGCCGCCUAACCUUUAUUUUCUCUGGAUUGUACAUAAUAAUCUGACUGGAACCAUUCCCACCUCUCUAUUUAACAUUACGACAUUAACUAAACUUUCUAUAGGAUUUAAUCAAAUCAAUGGUGAGGUUCCCAAAGAAAUUGGAAAAUCACGCGUUCUGCAACUAUUUGCUGCUUCUGGAAAUAAGCUUUUAGGAAGAUUUCAACAAACCAUCCUUAAUAUCUCUUCCCUUGCUGAUCUAGAUCUUGGGUCCAAUUAUCUACAUGGAGAGUUGCCAUCCAGUCUUGGUAGUUCACUGUCCAAUCUACAGGGGUUGGCUUUGGGCAACAACUUCUUCGGUGGGCAUAUCCCAAGUUCCUUGGCAAAUGCUUCUAAGCUAUCCAUGAUUCAUCUGUCAAGAAAUAAUUUCAUAGGGAUGGUGCCUAGUUCCAUUGGCAAACUUCAGGAACUCUCCGUGUUGAACCUUGAAUUUAAUCAACUACAAUCAAGUGAUAAGCAAGGCUUGGAGUUCAUGAAUAGUCUCAGCAAUUGCACCAAACUACGAGCAUUAUCACUUGCAAAAAAUCAACUAGAAGGAGAGAUACCAAGUUCAUUCGGCAACCUUUCUAUGAAGCUUGAACUCUUAUACCUUGGAGGCAAUAAACUAUCAGGGCGUUUUCCUGCAGGCAUUGCAAAUCUUCACAGCCUGUCAGGUCUAGCACUGAAUUCAAAUCGUUUUACAGGUCCAGUUCCAGAUUGGCUAGGAAAUCUUAAAAAUUUGCAAAUAAUAUUCCUAGCGGCAAACAUGUUUACAGGAUUUAUUCCAUCAUCCCUCUCAAAUUUAUCUCUACUAGAAAAUGUUGUCUUGGACUCUAACCAGUUCUAUGGCCAUAUACCCCGAGGUUUGGAAAGCCUCAAAGUACUACAAGUACUGAGCAUUCCAAACAACAAUCUUCAUGGUAGCAUCCCAAGAGAGCUCUUCAGCAUUCCUACAAUAAGGGAGAUUUGGCUAUAUUCCAAUAGAUUGGAUGGACCUCUUCCUAUUGAAAUAGGAAAUGCUAAACAAUUAGAACAUCUUGUGCUUUCAUCAAAUAACCUAUCCGGUGUUAUUCCUGACACACUUGGUAAUUGUGAGAGUAUUGAAGAGAUCGAGUUGGAUCAGAAUUUUCUCAGUGGGAGCAUUCCUACAUCAUUUGGCAACAUGGAAAGCUUGCAAGUGCUCAAUAUGUCUCAUAACCUCUUGUCAGGAUCAAUACCAAAGUCUAUUGGUAGCUUGAAGUAUCUUGAACAACUAGAUCUGUCAUUCAACAAUCUCGAGGGUGAAGUACCAGAAAUAGGUAUAUUCAACAACACAACGGCCAUAUGGAUUGCUGGAAAUAGGGGUCUUUGUGGUGGGGCAACAAAGCUACACCUACCUGUGUGCACUUAUAGACCUCCAAGUUCAACUAAACACUUGCGAUCCGUAGUACUGAAAGUUGUGAUCCCCUUAGCUUGCAUAGUGUCACUUGCUACGGGAAUAUCUGUCUUGUUGUUUUGGAGGAAAAAACAUGAGAGAAAAUCUAUGUCUCUCCCUUCAUUCGGUAGAAAUUUUCCUAAAGUUUCAUUCGACGAUCUUUCCAGAGCGACGGAUGGGUUCUCCAUAUCCAAUUUAAUUGCCAGGGGAAGAUACAGUUCUGUGUACAAAGGGAGAUUGUUGCAAUAUGGAGAUAUGGUUGCUGUGAAAGUUUUCAGCCUACAAACUAGAGGGGCACAAAAAAGCUUCAUUGCAGAAUGCAAAACUUUAAGAAAUGUGCGACACCGAAAUCUUGUUCCCAUCCUAACUGCAUGCUCAAGUAUUGAUUCUCAAGGGAAUGAUUUCAAAGCUCUAGUAUAUCAAUUCAUGUCACAAGGUGACUUGCAUAUGAUGCUAUACUCAAAUCAGGAUGAUGAAAACGGUUCAGCUUCCAUCCAUAUUGCAUUUGCUCAAAGGUUAAGCAUUGUAGUGGAUGUUGCAGAUGCAAUGGAGUACGUCCACCAUAACAACCAAGGAACUAUUGUUCAUUGUGAUCUCAAGCCUAGCAACAUUCUUUUAGAUGACAGCCUAACAGCACAUGUUGGAGACUUUGGCCUUGCAAGGUUUAAAGUUGAUUGCACUAUAUCAUCUUCCGGUGACUCAAUUAUUUCAAGUGCAAUUAAUGGAACUAUUGGAUAUGUUGCUCCAGAGUAUGCAACAGGUGGUGAAGUUUCAACCUUCGGAGAUGUUUAUAGCUUUGGAAUAGUUCUCUUCGAAAUAUUUUUACGAAAGAGACCAACACACGAUAUGUUCAAGGAUGGUCUGAACAUUGCAACAUUUGUCGAUAUGAACUUUCCUGACAGGAUAUCAGAAGUUGUUGACCAAGAAUUGUUAGAAUACCAGAAUGGUCUAUCCCAUGACACUCUUGUGGACAUGAAGGAAAAAGAAAUGGAGUGUCUACGUUCUGUGUUAAACAUUGGACUUUGCUGCACAAAGCCAUCCCCCUAUGAGCGCAUGGACAUGCGAGAAGUGGCUGCAAGGCUGCGUAAAAUUAAGGAGGCCUACCUCAGCAGCAACUAAGAUACCCUGAAAUCAUCAGCAGCAUGUGGACCCUCAGACCCUGUAUACUCUGUAUUCUACACAAUAUUGGCAACUGCGAUGAUUGGACGGAACCUACCUCAUGUGUCUUGCAUUUUCCAUUGGGUGUUAAUAUGGCACUAUAAGCUUUUUUUUAUGGCAAUGUAACAUACAUUUUACCAGUAUACAUUUACGUUGCAGUAUUUCUCUUUGUGUAUUGAGGAGAGAUAUAAAAGAAAUCACCUUUCUGCUUCUGCUUUCUUGUUACGAACCAGAGAUGAGAUCUGAACAAUAGAGGUAGAGCAGAGGAAACAGGGGAGACAGAACAGAGUUGGUAGCUUUAGGAGGAAGGAUUGU